CGACGGCAGCCUCCUUCUCUCCCCCCCCUCCUUCCUUUGGUUGCUUGCCGUGCUCUCUCGCCCUGAGAUUCACCCGGCUUCCUCCCCCCCCCCCUGGCUGCCAUGAUUGGUCGCUUCUCUGUGGGACUUCUCCUGUCCCUCCUGUUCGCGCUCGCCAGCGCCGAGCAGCUCCUCGUCCCCGGCGCCUCGAUCCCCGAGCGCUCGGUGCGCUAUGACAACGAGCAGAUCAUCCGCUGCUCCAGCUCCGCCCUCGCGCCCGCCGCGCUUGAGGCGCUGAUCACCCGCCACGGCGUGGACAUCUGGGGUGCCACCGGCGAGCAUGUGGACCUGCGCAUCACCGAGCAGACGGCCGCCUCGCGGGCCGUGCGCCACAUGGUGGUCGACAACACCGAGUGCCGCGUGAUCGUGCACGACGUCGAGCGGCUGGUCGCCUCGGCCGAGCGGGUGCAAACCGCGGCGGCCGUGCGCUCGGCGGCCCAGCGCGGUGACGGCGAGGAUGCCGCCGCCGCCGGCCCCGUGCCGGCCGGCUGGUUCGACGCCUACCACGACUUCGACUCGACCCGCACCUUCUACCAGAACCUGGCCCAGUCGUACCCGGACAUGGCCACCUUCCUGCCGAGCAUCGGCAAGACCCACGAGUCGCGCAGCAUCUUCGGCCUGGUGCUCGGCGGGUCCAACUCCACGGCCAGCGCCAUCUAUGACCAGCCGGAGCUGCUGGACGAGCAUGGCAUCCCCCUGGAGGAGGUGUUCGCCGAGCGGGCCGCCUCCGAGGACCUGGCCGCCGCCAAGCCGUCCAUCUUCUUCCAGUGCUCGAUCCACGCGCGUGAGUGGAUCAGCAACGCCGUGUGCCAGUAUGUCCUGUCGACCCUGCUGGACUCGCACAGCCGCCGGGUGCCGGCCGUGGUGGAGCUCUUCGACCGGUACAACCUCUAUGUCAUCCCCAUCACCAACCCGGAUGGCUAUGCGCACACCUGGUCCGGGGACCGGAUGUGGCGCAAGAACCGCGUCCCCAACGCCGGGUCCACCUGCCGCGGUGUGGAUGUCAACCGCAACUACAAUGACCACUGGGGCCAGGGCGGCUCUUCGAACCUGCCCUGCUCCGACACCUACAUGGGCACGGCGGCCAAUUCCGAGCUGGAGACCCGGGCUUCGAUUGCCUUCUUCCGGUCGGCCAGCCCGGUGCACCUGGCCAUUGACUGGCAUGCCUACAGCCAGCUGAUCCUCCGUCCGUAUGGCUGGAGCACCUCCGACUCGCCGCAUGAGGCCCGCCUGAAGCAGAUCGGUGCCGCCAUGCAGGCCGCCAUCCGCAACACCCACGGCAUGUCCUACACCAACCAGAAGUCCAUCGAGCUGUACCCGACCACCGGCACCGCCAGCGAUUGGUUCUAUGGCUCCGAGGCCACUCGCUACAAUGGCGGCUUCCGGUCGGCCGGCUACACCAUCGAGCUCCGGGACACCGGUCGCUAUGGGUUCCUCCUGCCGCCUGAGCAGAUUCUCCCCACCGGUGAGGAGUCCUACGCCGCGGUCCUGGCCAUGGCCCGCGACCUGCUGGACAACGGCCCCAUGUAUGCCUAAGUGGUGCUGUGCGCUGUGUGGUGGGCGAGGGCCCCCCCCCCCCCCCCCCC